UUGAGUAAUGUUGUGUUUUGUUCGAUAAUAAUUUGCCGAAAAAUUUCCAAAACAGUUUUUCUUUAUUAUUUAUGAUUUAACCAAGCAAAAAUAGGCCUGAUAACAAUUCAAAUGUACAUAAUGCCACAUCCCUCAAAAAAGUUCAUGGAAUGCUUGCAAUAUGCGGCACACAAACAUCGGGACCAACGCCGGAAGGAUCCACAAGAAAGUCCUUAUGUCAAUCAUGUGAUAAAUGUCAGCACGAUACUGGCUGUGGAGGCGGGCAUAGAGGAUGAAAACGUUCUAAUGGCCGCUUUGUUGCAUGACGUCGUCGAGGAUACGGAUGCCUCGUUUGCAGAUGUCGAGGAACUCUUCGGUGGCGAUAUAUGCUCCUUGGUUCGCGAGGUAACCGACGACAAGACACUGGAGAAGCAACAAAGAAAACGUUUACAGAUUGCAAAUGCUGCCAAAACAAGCAGUCGGGCCAAACUCAUUAAACUAGCAGAUAAAUUGGACAAUCUAAGGGAUUUGCAGAUUAACACGCCUCGUGGUUGGACAGAGGAGCGUCGUGUCCAAUACUUUGUGUGGGCCAAGCAGGUGGUGGAUCAACUCCGUGCCACUAAUAGCAUCCUGGAAGAAGAGCUAGACAAGAUCUUCAAAGAGCAAGGCUUACUUUGAAACCAAAAAAGAAGUAUAAACUUUUCCAAAAAUAAAUGAACAU